UUAUUUCUUCAGCACGUGUAGCUAGCUACGCACGUUGCUUAAUUUAUAUUUCUAAAGCGCUGAAUUAAUCAUUUUAGCCAUGGUUCCCAAUGAAAAAAGCUUUCCCCGCGGAGGGACAAUACACACAGACGCCAAGACCGCCGACAAUAAUUCAAAUAUUGUUUUCGGUGCGUCGCAAAAGAAGGUGAAAAAGUCUUCAAAACCAAAGGACAACCUGUUGGAUCUUGGCGAUGAGCCCGUUAACGAGCAGCUGGAGGCCUUCUCCGCGGAGACCCUCAACAUGGACACCCUGCAGGAGGACAUGCUGGUCAUGGGAGUGGUCAAGGGAGUCACCCCCACCGCCCUCCAGGUGGCCUUGCCUGGGAGGAUGUUUGCACGCACUUUGGUGGCGGAUAUAUCGGAGGCCUAUACGAGAGUUGCGAAAGCGGCAAUGUCCGGGGACACCAGUGAUUACCAUGACCUUACGGAUCUGUUCGAGCCGGGCCGGAUAGUCUACGGGCGAGCCAUCAAGACCGAAAAUCUGAACGGAAACCGCACCACCUUGUUACUCUCUCUGAAGCCAUCGGAGGUCCACUCCAAUCUUCAUCACAAGAACAUCAAGAAGGGAUUCAUCUUCUCCGGAGCCAUCGAGGAGAUCCAGGAGCACGGCUACGUGAUCGAGACGGGAGUGCAGGGACUGCAGGCUUUUGUGGCCUGCGAGGAGUCGAAGCAAACGCUUCACGUGGGUCAGUUGGCUUUUAUUAAAGUGCAGCAGAUCCAACACGACACCCACAAGAGCACCGCCACCUGCGUCCUGGUGGAGCAGAGCCAAAUAAAAAUCAAGAGCCAGAACGAAUCGAAUCUGGACUACAUCCUCCCCGGCAGCAUCGUGCGGUUUAAAGUGAGCAAGCACUUAAAGGAUGGCCUUAAGGGCAGCAUUAUGAACGAGUCCUUUGCCGCCUAUAUUAACGAGCACCAUCUGGCCACUCCGCUAGAUGCCUUAGAGGCCUAUGAGGUCAACCAGGACUACUACGCCAGGGUGCUGUACGUGAUGCCGCUCACCAAACUGGUGUACUUAACCCUCAAUCUGGACAUUAAGCCAGAUCCGGAAACAGGGAUCGAAGAGGAGGGUGAUGAGGAGGUAGAACCCAUCCAAGUCGGAUCAGUGGUGGAGAAGGCAAAGGUGCUUCGCCUGGGCAGCGGUGGCGUAGUUCUGCUCCUCAACAAGAAGCUGAAAGGCAUCAUAUCCUUCAAGUCCAUUCGGUCCAACUACAAGGGCAACUACGACAAGGACGAAGUGCUGUCCAAGUACGGGCGCAAAACGAAGCACAAGGUGCGCAUCCUGGGCUACGACGUCAUCGAAUCCAUGUACUACUGCUCCGACGCACCGAACGUGGUGGACGAGAAGGUCUUCAGCCUGACGGACGUAAACACUGGCGACAUCGUCACCGCGAAGAUUGUGAAAAAGAACGAGAAGAUCAACGGCUGGACCCUGAAGAUCGGCAAGGUGACCGCCAGCCUGGAACAGGUAUACCUGGCACCGAAUGUCCGGUACGAGGUUGGCCAGCCGUUGCGGUGCCGCGUUCUGGAGGUAAACUCCGAGCGCAGGAUCUGCUACCUGAGCAACCGCACCGAGUACUUGGACAAGGGAUUGAAGCUGCUAACCGACCUGAGCUCCGCCCAGGUGGGCAAUGUCUACACGGGAACCGUUGUCCGUUGCGAUGACAGCUUCGUUUUGGUGAAGUUUGGAAAUGGCAUUGAGGGAAUACUCUAUAGGAAGAACCUGAAGGCCCAGAGCUCCUUCUUUGAGGGCCAGACCACCAAGUUCCGCAUUCUGAGCAGAAACAAGGACAAGAUAACGCUGACCCUGCCGGAGGACAAGUUCCAGCUGGGAGAGAUCUGCCCGGUGGAGAUAACGAACGCCCUGGAUGCUGGAUUGGAGAUUAAAAUAACCUACGCCGCCGACGACAAGGAGGACGACGAGGAGGGCCUUCCGAAAACGGAGGAGUUUGUGGGCCUCAUCCCUCUGAGGUUGCUCUCCGAUCACUUGGAGCUCCUUCAGGCACAGGUCCGGGUGCACCCUGUGGGCUCACUCACCGAGGCAGCCUGCAUCGUCCAGAACAUCUUCAGCUUGCGCGAUGUGGCCUACUUCAGUAGUCAGAUAACGAAGGACUUUAAGUCGAUCCAGGUCGGUGACAUCAUUCGCUCCUAUGUCAAGAACGCCACCGAUCAAGUGGUGGACCUCAUGGUGUCCGUCAGGGACUACAACAAGCCAGUGAAGGUCCACGUGAAGAUGCUGCGUCUGAAUGCCGUCAAAAACACGCCAGUGGAGCUGGUUCCGGAGCAGCUGCUGAUGGUGAAGGUGCUGAGCAAGGAGCCUGAGACUAAGACCCUGACAGUGUCCGCCAAGCUGACGGAUGUGUGGAGUGGAGACUUGACGGACACUGCCAAAUCGGUGGAAAGAUAUCUGGAUGAAGUGGCCCAGAUUAAGACAGGCCUGGCGGAGAUCUCGGCUCCCAUUGCCAAGUACUCCGUGGGCGAAAAGAUCAGCGUGGUGUUCCAGGGCAUUAACUCGGAGUCCCACGACUGGGUCUACACGGUGGAGGGUCCUUCGAAGACCAGCGCCUUGGUCCUCUCUAGUCUGGCUGGAUCGGCAACUGCUCCUCCGUUGGGCAGCAAGCACCAGGCAGUUGUCCUGUGGGUCGACUAUUCUAGCGAUGUCUUGCUCAUCAGCAACAAGAAGGUGGACAUUGACCACAUAUCCUCCGGUGGGGAUCUGCCCAAGAAUCUGAUCGGAAAGGCUGGCAUGAAGGCGAAGGUGCUGCUGAAGCUGGAGUCCGUUGUGUUGUGCUCCCUGAAGAAGGGCAUCAAUCCGUUGGUCAUCUGCCCGGUGCGCCUGCAUCCCAACGAUGUUGAAAACUCGGCCAGCGCUGGGCUCCGCCAGGGUGACUUCUGCAACAUUGCCUUCAUCCACGACAACCAGCUCAUCGCUGUGCCCGAGGAUGUGUGGCGGCUGUGGAGGGGAGCCAAGCGAUCUAACGCAGAGGAGCCGGCAGUGAAAGCCAAGAAAGCGAAACUAGAAGUGGAGUCUCCCCCAAAGAAAGCGAAACUAGAAGUAGAGACUCCUCCAAAGAAAGCGAAACUAACAGUGGAGACUCCUCCGAAGAAAGCGAAAACCGAUGAAGCGAAAAAGAAACCUAAGCCGGAGGAGCCUUCAGCUAAGAAGAAGAAAAAGGCUGCAGAAACUGCCACACCCACCAUAACCAAUGGCCAAAAGAAGAACCAACCUCUGACCAAUGGAAAGGCGCGAGAGACGGCCAAGCAGAAUGGACAGUUGUUUUUCGAGGAUAAAGCUCCGGCCAAGAAGGUCAAGCAGGAAACCCCAAAGACCAAUGGAACUGACACGAAAAAGCGAAUGCCGGGCGUGUCUAGCUUCUGGGAGAGCGAUCCCAACCAGGCUAAGACCAACUCCAGCGACGAGGAUGAGGAUCAAGAUGCAGCAGAGGCACAGCCAGCUAAGAAGAAGCGACUGAGUGCCAAGGAGAAGGCCAAGGCGGAGGUCAAGGAGGAGCAGCGGUUGCGGGAAAUCGAGGAGCGGAAUGCCGACCCCAAGGCUCGGCUGGAGACCAUCGAUCAGUACGAGCGCCUGGUCAUUGCCCAGCCGAACAACAGCAUAUCGUGGCUGAAGUACAUCGCCUUCCUGCUGUCCAACACGGAGAUCGAAAAGGCUCGCGAUCUGGCGAGGAGGGCCAUUUCCACGAUAUCCUUCCGAGAAACCCAGGAGCUGAGGAACGUGUGGAGCGCUCUGCUCAACAUGGAGCUUGCCUACGGCAGCAACUUCGAUGAGGUGCUGAAGGAAGCCCUCAAGUGCAAUGAUCCUCUAGAGAUCUACAUAUGCGUGGUGGACAUCCUGAAGAAGAACAAGCAGAGGGAGCGCCUCUCCUCGACUCUGACCACCAUCCUCAACAAGUUCAAAUCGCAGGCGAGGAUAUGGCCCUUGGUGGCCGAGUCCUACUUCUGGCUGGGAAAGUCCGACCAGGUGCACAGCCUCCUACAAAGAGCCUUGAAAGUGCUGCCCAACCAAGAACACAUUAGCUGCAUUGUUUCCUUUGCCAAAUUGUAUGCCCGAAACGAUGCCAACGACAUGGCACAGACGCUGCUCGACGACGUGGUCACCUCUUAUCCAAAGCGAAUAGAUAUCUGGUCGGUUUACGUGGACAUGUUGAUCAAGGCUGGGCUCAUCGACUCCGCCAGAAAUGUCUUGGAGCGCGCAGUGCUGCAGAAGCUGAAGCCUAACAAGAUGCAAGUGAUCUACAAGAAAUACCUGCAGCUGGAGGAGAGCCACGGCACGGAGGCCACGGUGGCCAAGGUGAAGCAACAGGCAGAGGAGUGGGUCAAGAACUACACCAUGGCGGUCAAGUAG